UGCUACUAAUACGUGCAUCAACCGCGCCUCCUCCAUCAUCUCUCGACCGAUCGAGCUCCGUCGUCGUCCAUGGCAUCUCGCGAUCCGCCGGUCAUCAGCGCCAUGGCCGCAGCCUGCUUCUUCCCGUUCCUCCUCCUGCUCCUCCCCGCCGCGGCGACGGCCCCCGCGCGGCGUCCGCUGUUCCGGGAGUACAUCGGCGCGGAGGGCCAGAACGUGACGUUCGCCGACGUGCCGGUGCACCCGGGCGUGGACUUCCACUUCAUCCUCGCCUUCGCCAUUGACUACGCCGCCGACCCCGCCAACGCCUCCGCGCCCCCGCGCCCCACCGACGGCCGCUUCCUCGCCUACUGGGACGAGGCCAACCUCACCCCGGCCGCGGUCGCCGCCGCCAAGCGCGGCGGCGGCUGCGGCAACAACGUUCGCGUCGCGCUCAGCCUCGGCGGCGACACCGUCCGCGGCGCCAACGCCACGUUCCGCGCCUCCUCCGUCGACGCCUGGGUGGCCAACGCGGUCGUCUCCCUGACCGACAUCCUCACCACGUACGGCCUCGACGGUGUCGACGUCGACUACGAGCACUUCGGCGAGCGCGAGACGCCGGAGGUGUUCGCGGAGUGCGUCGGCCGCCUGGUCCGCGCGCUCCGGGCCCUCGGCGUCAUCUCCUUCGCGUCCAUCGCGCCCUUCGCCAACCCGGACGUGCAGGCGCACUACGGCGAGCUCUGGCGCCGGUACGGCCGCGAGUUCGAGUACGUCAACUUCCAGUUCUACGCGUACGCCGCCAACACGACGGUGCCGCAGCUGCUGGGGUACUACGACGAGCAGAGCCGCCGGUACGCCGGCGGCGGCGGGAAGGUGCUCCUGGGGUUCGGGACGGACCCGGCCAGCGGCGGGCUCGGGCCCGGGAAGGGGUUCUUCCGGGCGUGCCGCGCGCUGCGCAGGCAGGGCAGGCUGCACGGCGUCUUCGUCUGGGCCGCAGACAACUCCGCCGCCGACGGGUUCCGGUACGAGCGCGUCGCGCAGAGGUUCCUCGCCGGCGCCUUGCCGGGGUUCACCUGAGCGAGCGAGCCGUACGUACGUGCUGCCCACCGAUCCCGUACGCGUGUCCGUCGAGUGUCUG